AAAAAGGAAAAGAUGGAGGACAAAGAUAGACAGAAGACAAGAGGUGGAAGAUAAAGGAUAGUAGAAGGAAAAAAAGAAGGUCCACGGACAAAAAUAUGGAAGAUAAUGAAGAAAAAUGGAAGAAUGAUUGGAGAAAUAUGGAGGGUAAUAGACAAAAUUAGGAAUACUGAAUGAAAAAAAUGAAGGAUAAUGGAUAAAAGUGGAGAACAAUGGAAGACAAAACAGAAGAUAUUGACAGAAAAAUGGAGGAUAAUGAAAAAAAAAUUGAGGAUAAUGGAAGAAAAAAUCGAGGAUAAUGGAAGAAAAAAAUUAAGGAUGAUGGAAGAAAAUUAGAAGAUACUGGAGCACAAAAUGAAAGAAUACUGAAUGAAAAAUGGAGAAUAAUGGAAGAAAAAUGGAGGAUAAUGGAAGAAAAAAUGGAGGAUAAUGGAAGAAAGAAGGAAAGCUAAAGGAUGGAAGACUGACUACGAAGCUCAAAUGACAAAAGCUGCAAAAUGAAGUCUGAAAGGUUAAAGAAAGAGAAAAGAAAAGAACCAAAGGAUGAAGAAGAAAACGACACAUAAAGAAAUGUUACCAAAGACUCGUCUGGGGAAACGUUCUCCUCUGGGGGCGCUGCUGAGCUCCACCUGUCCGACUCACACACACCUGGAGACAGGUGAGACUGACGUCACCAUGGCAACGGCAGCAGGACAACACGCCAGCAGCAGAUCCAGAGUUCAUCCUGGACUGAAGGUGUACUUCCAGUGUGCAGGUGAAUCUUCAGGCGUCGAUCAGAUCAACGGUCCGUCAUCAUCUCCGUUCUGCAGAUCAGUUUCCUCCUGCAUCGACGUCCCCAGAAGUCAGCAGCGUCCUCAGGAGGUGGACAUGGACGAGCUGAUGGCAGCGAUGGUCCUCAGCAGUUUGUCCUGCAGCCCCCUGCUGCACAGCCCCACCCACCCAGACACUACAGCUCCAGCUAUUGAUUGUAGCGGCAGCGAUUUCUCCGACAGCGGCAGCAGCGGCUACUGGAGCGUUGGCCACGCCCCUUCCAGCCCCAUGCCCUCUCCACCAAUUGCAGAGCCCGAUGCCGCUGUGGCCCCGCCCACUGACGAGGGCCUGGACAUGGAGCUGGAGCAGGUGCUGUUCGAUGAGCCGGCGCCACGGAAACGCAGGAACUCGGUGAAGGCGGCGUUCAGGUGUCUGUGGCCGAGCUGCGGCAAAGUUCUGACGUCUGUGGUGGGAAUCAAACGUCACAUCAGGACGACACACCUGUGCCGUGGCGGUGAACAUGAGCGCUGUUCCCGAAGUGAGGCGGAUUUCUACUACACCGAGAUCAACCAAUGGGAGCAGCCGCUGCGCCAAUCUCCGCCCACUCCGCCACUGUGUGGCCCCGCCCCCUCCUCCUUCUCCCCCCCCUCACCUCCUCCCCUCUCCCCCCCUCCCCCCUCUCCCUCAUCUCCCUCAUCUCCCUCAUCUCCCUCCUCCCCCUCCUGCAGUGCUCUGAGUAGCUCCGCCCCCUCCUCCUCCGGCAGCUUAUGGCAGGUCCAAUCAGAGCACUCCUACCAGGCUCCUCCUCCUCCAGGUCAGAUGAUGUCAGCAGCAGCUUUGGCCACACCCACCUGCCCAGGGACAGCUCCGCCCACCACUUGCCACAAACAGGGUUUGUCGUUUCGGGUUCGUUCAGUCAGUGUUGGUGAACAGUGGCUGCAGCAUCAGAGCGCCCCCUGCAGGAGGGUCCGAGGCGAAGCUAAGAAGUGUCGUAAGGUGUACGGCAUCGAGCACAGAGAGCAGUGGUGCACGGCGUGUCGCUGGAAGAAGGCCUGCCAGCGCUUCACCGACUGAACGGCGCCCCCUGCUGGACCUGUAACAUGUUUCAUUUUUAUUCCUUCAAGUCGUAAAGAACUUUAUGAAACGAUUGGCAGCUAAAUGUCAGAACUGGCAUCUGGACCUGAACGAGAAAAACAUCUGGAAACGUCUGAAAACACGAUCAGACACUCAGUGGUCAGUUUAUUAGGAACAGCUGCUGGAAGGAGUAGACCUCAGAGUAAAGUUUUAACCCUCGUGUCGUCCUGAAGGUCAAAUUGACCCGUUUUAAAGUUCGAAAAUAUGGAAAAAAUAAAAAUUUUACACUGAAACUUCUGAUGUCCACAUUUUCAACAUUUUUGGGAAAUCUUUGAACAUUUUUUUGGGGAAAAAAAGAAAUGUUAAAAAUGUUUCUUAAGAACAUUCACAAAAAAAUCAACCAAAAUCCAGCGAAUUUCACUUGAUUUUGGUUGAUUUUUAUAUGAAUAUUCUUAAAGAAAAUAUUAGAAGUUUUACUGAUAUAUAUGGAAUCACUUUAGAUAUUUUUAGGAUUUUUUUUGAAGAUUUUUACUCAUUUUUGAAAAUAUUUACAAGAAUUUUCUUGCCAAAUUUGGGGGAUAUUUUUAAAUAAAACUUUUAAGGGAAACUUUUAAGUAAUUAUUGGAAUUUUCUUCCUGAAGGUUUUGCAUAUUUUCGGAAAUUUGGGGAAUUUUUUUGCUGAAUUUUUUGAUGUUUUUCAGACAAGGAAAAAAUAUUUUUUAGUGAAAAAAAGUUUUGCUGAUUUAUAUGGAAUCGCUUUAGAUAUUUUUAGGAUUUUUUGGGAAGAUUUUUACUCAUUUUUUGAAAAUAUUUCCAAGAAUUUUCUUGACAAAUUUGGGGGAUUUUUUUAAAGGGAAACUUUUAAGGAAUUAUUGGAAUUUUCUUCCUGAAGGUUUUGCAAAUUUUCAGAAAUUUGCUGAAUUUUUUUAUUUUUUUCAGACAAGGGAACUAUUUUUUGGUGCCUUGUAAAUGAGGACAACAGGAGGGUUAAAUGAGGAGAAAAUAGCAGAAACACCUUAACAAACUGAACAUUAAUAUUUAAAGUUUUACUCACUGAUCAGUUUCAUUGAACCAGAUCAUUGCUGCAGCCGUUAACAAUAAUCAAACUAUUGAUCUGAGUAAUUUUUGAAAUUAAAAGUCUAAAUUUUGCCUCUUCAGCUCCUUCGAUGUGAAUAUCUGGUUUCUUUCCUCUGACAGGAAACUGAAGACCUCUGAGGAAAUUUUCUGACAUUUUAGAACCAAACAGCUGAUUAUUCAUUAUUAAUGAAGAAACGAGCUCCAAAUUAUUAUCAAUUAAAAACUGUUCAAUAAUUAAAGGAAAAAACAAACAAAUGGAAGAUAUUAUUAGUUUUAGUCAUUUAUAAGCUGAACAGUAAAAUAUGGAUUCAUAGUUUCAGCAUUAACAGAAUAUUUAAUUUUAAUUAAUUUCUGAUUUUAUAAUGGAGCAAGCGUUCCUAAUAAACUGACUCCAGACUGUAAAUAUUCAAACAAUGGUCAGAUGGUUUUAGAUCCAAACUUUACUGGUUUUAUCUGUUUUUACUUUCAUUAAAUCAGACGUUUGAGAUUCAGAAAAUCAACAGGAAAAAAACCAAAUUCAUUUAAAACCAGAAACAGAAAAUCAGUGUUUGAUAUCUGACUUCCUGUCUCACCUGUCCUCACCUGUUCAUACCUGUCUCACCUGUCCUCACCUGUCUCACCUGUUCAUACCUGUCUCACCUGUCCUCACCUGUCUCACCUGUUCAUACCUGUCUCACCUGUCCUCACCUGUCUCACCUGUUCAUACCUGUCUCACCUGUCCUCACCUGUCUCACCUGUUCAUACCUGUCUAACCUGUCCUAAUCUGUCUCACCUGUUCUUACCUGUCCUCCUCCUCCAUCCAUCCAUCUCCGUUCAGUCGUCUGGAAUCAGAAGCCAUGUCUUGUCCUCAGAAGAUCCAUGCAGUAUCGAUCAAUAAAUCCUUCUAUCUGUAUUUUAUCGAUAAUCUUCUGGCCGUUAGAAACAUGAUGUUUUCUUUAGAAACAUCCAGAUGUUUUCUGGGUCCAUUUAUCUGAUAUCAGACGUCCACUAUGCCCACAUUUUACUCUAUUUAUAUUCUGUUUGUUUACGAGCAAAAACAACAAAAAAAAAGUUUCUUAUAAUCGUUUCAUUUUUAUGAUUUCUUUUCUACAUGAAGUUUUAAUAAAACAGAAAAACUGA